GUCUGUUUUCCUGGCUACAGUACAGCAAGAAGCUGUGCCUCUUUCCGUCUGGCUGCACGAGUACAAGAUUAGAAAAUCGAGACAAACCCGUUGACUUCAACUGAUAUUAUUCUGCUAGCACAUCGCCUCGUCUGCUCACCAGUGGUUUAGUCGGAGGUAAGAAGCUAGCUGGUCCAAAGAGGGACCUGAGGAAGCGGAGAGAGAUAGAGGGGGCUUGUCGGCCGCCUACAGUGUGAACCUUCAGAGACUCGCCCCGCCGCUGCUUCAUCACAGACGUCUUUUGUCCGUCGACGUGCUCAUCCUCACGGGAGCAGAAAACGACGGCGAAGGACGGGACUCGAGCCCGUGUUUGACCCGCUGCCGCAGCCCCCUGUGCGCUGCUUGGCAGAGCAUGUUAAAUAAUGAGCCAAAGGGACACACUGGUUCAUUUGUUCGCUGGAGGAUGUGGAGGUACAGUGGGUGCUAUUUUGACUUGUCCUCUGGAGGUUGUGAAAACCAGACUGCAGUCCUCAUCCAUCACUCUCUACAUCUCUGAAGUCCAACUCAGCACCGUCAACGGAGGCAGUGUGGCCCGUGUUGCUCCACCAGGGCCUCUGCACUGUCUCAGGUUAAUUCUAGAAAGAGAGGGUCCACGUUCGCUCUUCAGAGGACUGGGACCCAACCUUGUAGGUGUGGCACCUUCCAGGGCAAUCUAUUUUGCGGCUUAUUCAACAGCCAAGGAGAAGCUGAAUGGCGUGCUGGAGCCAGACUCGACCCAGGUGCACAUGGUGUCGUCUGGGAUGGCAGGGUUCACCGCCAUCACAGCCACCAAUCCCAUCUGGCUAAUCAAGACUCGUCUGCAGCUGGAUGCCAGAAACCGAGGUGAGCAGCGAAUGAAUGCAUUUGAGUGCAUGCGGCGAGUGUACCAGAUGGACGGCCUGCGAGGUUUCUACAGGGGAAUGUCAGCCUCAUAUGCUGGCAUCUCUGAGACUGUUAUCCAUUUUGUCAUCUAUGAGAGCAUCAAACGUAAACUGCUGGAGAUCAAGGCCAGCACUAGCAUGGAUGAAGAGGAGGAGUCUGUCAAAGAUGUUUCAGACUUUGUGGGCAUGAUGCUUGCAGCGGCCACCUCUAAGACCUGUGCCACCACCAUUGCCUAUCCUCAUGAGGUGAUUCGAACACGGCUACGAGAAGAGGGCAGCAAGUACCGCUCCUUCUUCCAAACUCUGCUGACAGUACCCAGGGAGGAAGGAUAUCGGGCACUGUACCGUGGCCUAACCACCCACCUUUUCAGACAGAUCCCCAACACCGCCAUCAUGAUGUGUACCUAUGAAGUGGUGGUCUACCUGCUUGGCCGUUAGCUCACCAGGACUGUCUCCUUCCUGUUUAGAGAAGGAGAUGGAGAGAAGAAUGCCCUUUGGCAUGUCAAAAUGAAGACCAAAGGAAAACCGAAGAUGCUAUAGUGUACCAGGAAAGAACAAAUGGAAAACGCAUGAAGGAAAAGCGAGGAAGAAUGCCAUGUGUUACUAUUUCAGCACCAGCACCACCUCCAUUUCCCUUGAUCAGAGUUCUGAGGCAGAUGGAGGGUGCGGUUCACAGAAGAGAUAGAAUGUAGGCACUGACAGGUAAGAUACAGGAAACAGAUGGUACCUCUGAAUAAGAAGAUUUAAGCACAUUUCAGUACCUUGACAGGCAGGGCUUUUAGUUUGCGACCUCCAUGAAUGAAGGCUGAAAACAGUCUUUUUUCAUUCUGGUAGGGAUAAUACAGUACAUGAAGGGGGAAUGCUUGGAGGCAGCUGAACUCCUAAUGAAAGAUAUCUCACUGUAGGUCACUUUGAAUAAUCCAAUAAUCUCUGCACUUGCUUCAGUGCUGUGACGGUGCUGUUGAGGAAUGUUAAUUUAAGUUGGAGUGUCAGAAGGAUGUUUUCCUUUGAAAAGCCACAUAAACCACCCAUCUUUGCACAACAGGAAGCAUGGCUUCGAGCAUUCCCCCCUGAACACAGCUGCCCCCCAGACCAGUGCGCACUCGCUGGCCAAAUACAAUGAAACGUUGGAGAGCUUGUGAUGGCCUGUCACUCACAGACCUGACUCAGACACUAGCUAGUGUUGAUUAAGAAUUUGUUGAAAAGUUGACUUUGAUUCCUGAUGGUGAUGUGCUUUGGCUCUAGUUGGCCUUCGGUGUUGACGCCGUCUUUGUUAAAACUGAAAUAUUAUCUGUGUACAAGGCCAAGUUCUUCCUGUGCCCAGUCACUGCUCAGGACUUGUAUGAAAACCUGAGAUCAAUGUGUCUUUUUAAGAUGUAAAGUGAGUGACUAUCCAAGACUGAGUAUCUACUGUUAGAGUGCCACUACUUGAAUUUAAUGUGAUGGUGUGAGGAAAUGUUGGAACCAGGAGAAUGUUGAUGGCGUUUCACCAUCAACAACCCCAUAACCUGUUUGUGUGUGUCUAACAUGUUGAUCAUACUUUCACCGUGAUGACUAAGAAUGUGUGUUUGUGCAUCUGAAGUCAUGCAGGUUGACAUGCAUAAUAAAUAUCCCCUCCACAUUUCCCUCCACUUACUAUUAAACGUACAAGACACUGCUGGUAGGAAUGUGGAAAUGCUCCUGUGUGAUAUAUGGAGUGUUCAUUUCCCAUUUUCUUGCCAGUCCUUCCUUCCAGCGGCUUCCAACUGACCUGAUAACAUGCACUUUUGUGGCCUUUUAAGGCUUGUUCUUUGCAUUUUAUUGUUUGGACAGUUUAAACCUGUACAAUGUAAAAGAAAAAAAGUAUUACUGUAUAUUAAAAUAGUAUUUUGUGCAACUGUUCUUACUGCAGAGAUAUUGUACAGUUUAGAGUUCUAGUGUAGUUGUGAAGGAUGUCCAAAUGUGUUAAUGUAAUAUAGAUGCUGUAUAUGCAUAUGAUUUUUCCCCCUCUAGGUCCAUGUGUAAUCAUGUUGACAAAUAUUGAUAUUGUGUGAAUGAUUUUUCUUAGUUCUGUUUUCUCUGCAUAUGUACAUUGCUGCAAGGUGUCAUGCAAACAUUUGUGCUUAUAUGAAAGCUAAUGCUGCAGGACAAAUAACUUUCAUGUACAUAUUUGUGCUGGAGCAUUGGUUAGUCUUUUUUUUUUUUUUUAGCUUUCAUUAAAAAAAAGGUGUUCUGUUAUUCAAAGUGUGAAUGUUUCCGUCAUAUGUGAAGUUUACAUUGUUCCUCACUCUGUCAGAUUGUUUUAGUUCUUACAGCAACAUAGUUUUGAGUUUAAAGAUCCAAUUGUUUUCAGUGUGAGAGUUUCACAGUGAGUUGGGACUGUUUGUGAAUCUGAGAGAGCCAGAAUUUUCUAAGGUAAUCUGUUCACCCCCCCUUAAGCAGUAAGUUAGAAAAUUCACAUUUUGGCACUUUUUUUUCUCCAAAUUAUAUCCAAGCACCAUAUCAUGUUUUUCCAUUGAAUAUACUAUUAUCACAACAUACUUGUACAUUUAAAACAAAAGCCUUCUCAGAAGGAAACGGGGUCUGUAACUUGUAGUUAUUGAUUUUCAGUCUGCAUUGACAUGUUGCUAGCCAGUUUUUGCUGGUGGUGCUUUAAAAAAACAUUGCUGACUCGUUUUAACGUCCAUGUUUUCCUAUCAAACACUAAUAGCUUUUAUGUCUUUGCUGUAAUACUUGAGGUUAAAUUACUAAAAUGUUACAUGAACAGAUAACUGGAUAAACAAUGCAAACAUUUCACUUUGUUUUUUACUUCUCAUUUCAGUGUCUGUAUGUAAUUCAAUAUUUUCAUCCUGCAUCCAGGAUGCAGCCUCAAGUUAGGGUUGGAUGAGACCUGGAAGGUGUGUGUAUGUAUGUAUUUAUAUAAUUUGCCAACUCAGUCGAUGUAUUUUGUUUAUUUGUGUGCU